AUGAUUUUUAGGUUAUACAAAAUUUUAUGACUUUUCGAUGAAUAAUUUAUGUUGUAUUAAUUUUUUAAAACCACAGAUUCAAUUAGAACGUUUUCUUGGUGGCGGAGUCAAAGAAAAACAUUGUUUUCUCCUAAGUUAUUAAGAAUUAUGUACAUUUUUUGAGGUUAUAAGGAACGUUUGAGGUUAUGUCAUACAAAUUUCUUUAAAAAGAAUUUUUCAAGAGAAAAAAGCACAAUUUAUCGUAUCAAAAUGUGACUUAUCAGUCAGGUUUCAUUAAUAACCAUAUGGUACCAUUAUCGAAUAUUCUAAAAAUCAGUGUUCGUAAUUAUGGGAAAAGGGUAAACAGAUAAGAGAAGGAAGAAAGCUUAAAACAUGCUUUUAUCUGUUAACACUGAUGUUAUUCAGUGCAUAAUGUGUAAAUCUCUUGAUUGACGCGCAAUGAAUAGAUUUAAUAACCAAGGGAAUAAAUCUUCGGGAGUUAGUUUAAAUUCCGAUUAUGAGAACUCCGUUAUGAUUGAUAUCUCAAAUUCAACAUUCAUCAACGAAAUAUGGCUCGUUACCGAUACAAGAGAGAUUAUUAUAAAAACCUCGGCUGUUUUACCCGUGGUUUUAUGGGGAAUUUUCGGAAAUAUAUGCCUUUUAUACAUAAUCAUUAAGUUUCGGCAUUUAAGGAGCCCCACUAAUUUAUUGAUUGGAAAUAUGGCAGCGGCCGAUUUGGCUUCUUUGCUUAUUCAUCCUUGGGUAGUUUUGGUUUACGAUUUUUUUCAAAAUUAUCAAUUGGGGGCUUUCGGAUGUAAAGUUGAAGCGGCUAUCGAAUCUGCAAUUUUGAUGACGAGUGUUAUAAAUUUAAGUGCGAUUAGUUACGAUCGAUUAACCGCGAUAGUUUUACCUAAAGAAACGAGAUUAACAAGGAAAGGAACGAAGAUUUUAAUGGGAAUUACUUGGAUUGUUGGGCUAAUCAUUGCUUCACCCCUAUUUUUUUAUCGAACUUAUAAAGAGCGCCAAUGGUUGGAUUUCUUAGAAAAAUUUUGCAGUGAAAACACGAUCGUAAUCAAUAUUUAUUGGCACGUUAUCAUAACAAUUUUGUUUUGGUUCCCUUUAAUCAUCAUGUUACUUUGUUACAUUAGCAUUUUUAUUAAAUUAACCAAAUACGAUAAAGUAAUGAAACAACAAUUAAAACCAUCCCGAACAAUCAGUUACAAAACAAAAGCGAUCAAAACAAUGUUCAUCGUGGUCGUAACAUUCAUGAUUUGUCGACUCCCAUUCACAGCGUUAAUUUUUUAUAGAAACUACUUACUAAAAAGUAAUAGCAUUUCAAGUCAAGUUCAAAAUCAAGCCAACGGAAACUAUGAAACGUUAUGGUUCGUUUCGAAGUACCUGGUUUUUGUAAAUGCGGCAAUUAACCCGGUUAUUUACGGUUUAACUAACGAGAAGUUUCGGCGCGCUCUUAAAUCGACGGGGGUUGCUAAAUUUUUGUUUAAUUUUAGCAAAAUCGAACGAAAAAUGUGCUAUGAAAAUGAUCGGCAUCGAAUCAUUAACGAAGAGGAAGAACCUAAGAAAAUUUUCACCAAAGAAACCGUUUUGAAUUAUAGUAAUAGGAUUUUUGUUAUUUUUAAAGGGGGACGUGGGCAAAAAUAUGUACCGGAAGUGGAUACUUCUCAAACGGAAAUUCAAAAAUAUACAUUAAAAUAAAAUGUGUAUCAAA